AUGCCCCCCACACACAUCUCAGGCACCUCGCGCGCCCUCUACCGUGUCUUCGUGGCCCCCAAUCUCCGCGCCACCAGCUCCAUCUCGCUCCUCUAUGCCCCAGCAUUCGCACCCUCGAACCCACCCAGCUCCAUCUCCACGCCCUCCCUAAUCUCCCGCACCACCAUCCGCGAGAAGAAAUACUCCAAGGAGACGCGUCGCCAGGCUCUCAGUGACUACUACGUUAUAGAUCGUGCCAUCGAAGCCGACUACAUCAACCUUGUCGACGCAGACGGCACCUUCCACAAAGAUGUCUCCCUCGAAGAUGCGCUGAGGUCCUUUGACAAGGUAACACACCACCUUGUUCAAUUGACCCCGGGUAAAGUCGACGAGUCGGGCAACCUCGACCCCGAAAAUCUCCCCAUAUGUCGCGUGACUUCCAAAAUCGACCUGCGCGCCCAACACCAGCGAAAGCUUGAGAUCGAGCGCCGUGAAGCCAAGGGCCAGGGAACGGGCCCCAUAGGAAAGAGCUUGGAAUUGAAUUGGGCCAUUGCGGGCGGGGAUUUGAAGCAUAGGAUGGAGAGGUUGAAGGAGUUCUUGAUGGAGGGCAGGAAGGUGGAGAUUACCCUUGGCCCGAAGAGGCGCGGGAAGAAGGCAACAGAAGAAGAGGCGGCGGCAGUGAUGAAGGCCAUUCGCGACACCGUCGCUGAGUGCAAGGGCGCGACGGAGAAGAGUGUUGACGGGCCGAUUGGAGGGGUAAUGGUCAUCGUUCUCGAGGGCCCGAAAAUCAAGGCAGAGAAGAAGAAGAAGGAAAAAGAGGGGGGUAACGAGGAAGCAGAGAACUAA